AUGGACUUGGAAACAUUGCACCUUCCAAGAAAAAGCAAUGCAGUUCCACAAUCCACUCCGGAGAUAAUCGACGUCGACACCUACCGUUUAUCCGUCAAGCGAGCCAUCUCUGAUGUCAUUAAUCUUUCCGAUGAAGAAGACGACGAUGACAUUAAGAUCCUCAAUUUCAUUCCAAAAACUAUCCCUUUCGGAAAACGUAAAAGAUUCGAAAACGGAGAGUCUUCAAAUUCCAGAGCUGCGGCGUUUGUUUGCGAAAUCUGCACUGACACUAAAACGAUUAAGGAUGCUUUCUUCAUCAGCGGUUGCUCUCAUGCUUAUUGCUCAGAUUGCGUGUCAAUGUACAUCAGUUCCAAACUUGAUGAUAACAUCACAAAUAUUGGGUGUCCAGUUCCCGGGUGCAAUGGUUUAUUAGAAGCGGAGUUUUGUCGUUCGAUUCUUAAACCCGAGGUUUUUGAACGGUGGGGUAAGGCAUUGUGUGAGGCUUUGAUAGAUGUAUCGGAGAAGUUUUAUUGUCCUUUAAUUUUUCGCUUGUUAACUGUGGUUAAGAAGAUCUUAAUGAAUGAAGGUGUUGGCUGCAUAGUAAAAUGUAGGUUAUCUAAGUGUAAUUUGGUUUGA